GCUGUUUGCAAGAGGAACUAGGGCUGGGAGUCCGGUGAAGGAGCGGGAGCAGGGCCAUGCCCGAGCUGUCCCCCAGGGCCCCCUGACCUGCACCCCUGCCACGACCCAUUUGGGCACCCCCAGAGGUCCUGACGUCACCCCACCAUGGGCAGCAAGGAGCGCUUCCACUGGCAGAGCCACAACGUGAAGCAGAGUGGUGUGGACGACAUGGUGCUGCUGCCCCAGAUCACCGAAGAUGCCAUCGUGGGCAACCUACGCAAGCGCUUCAUGGACGACUACAUCUUCACCUACAUCGGCUCUGUGCUCAUCUCCGUGAACCCCUUCAAGCAGAUGCCUUACUUCACUGACCGCGAGAUCGACCUCUACCAGGGCGCGGCCCAGUACGAGAAUCCCCCCCACAUCUACGCCCUCACGGACAACAUGUACCGGAACAUGCUCAUCGACUGUGAGAACCAGUGUGUCAUCAUCAGUGGCGAGAGUGGGGCCGGGAAGACAGUGGCGGCCAAGUACAUCAUGGGCUACAUCUCCAAAGUGUCCGGUGGCGGAGAGAAGGUCCAGCACGUGAAGGAUAUCAUCCUACAAUCCAACCCACUGCUCGAGGCCUUCGGCAAUGCCAAGACUGUGCGCAACAACAACUCCAGUCGCUUUGGCAAGUACUUCGAGAUCCAGUUCAGCCGAGGCGGGGAGCCAGACGGGGGCAAGAUCUCCAACUUCCUGCUGGAGAAAUCCCGCGUGGUCAUGCAGAACGAAAACGAGAGGAAUUUCCACAUCUACUACCAGCUGCUGGAAGGGGCCUCCCAGGAGCAGCGGCAGAACCUGGGACUCAUGACCCCCGACUACUACUACUACCUCCAAUCAGACACCUACAAGGUGGAUGGCACUGAUGACAGCAGCGAUUUCAGUGAGACCCUGAGUGCCAUGCAGAUCAUCGGAAUCCCGCCCAACAUCCAACAACUGGUCCUGCAGCUCGUGGCGGGAAUCUUGCACUUGGGGAACAUCAGCUUCUGUGAAGACAGCAACUAUGCCCGGGUGGAAAGUGUGGACCUCCUGGCCUUUCCUGCCUACCUUCUGGGCAUUGACAGCAGGCGGCUGCAGGAGAAGCUGACCAGCCGCAAGAUGGACAGCCGCUGGGGCGGGCGCACCGAGUCCAUCGACGUGACCCUCAACGUGGAGCAGGCGGCCUACACCCGCGACGCCCUGGCCAAGGGGCUCUAUGCCCGCCUCUUUGACUUUCUUGUGGAGGCCAUCAACCGUGCCAUGCAGAAGCCCCAGGAGGACUACAGUAUUGGUGUGCUUGACAUCUACGGCUUUGAGAUCUUCCAGAAAAAUGGCUUUGAGCAGUUCUGCAUCAACUUCGUCAAUGAGAAGCUGCAGCAGAUCUUUAUCGAACUCACCCUGAAGGCUGAGCAGGAGGAGUAUGUGCAGGAGGGCAUUCGCUGGACCCCCAUCCAGUACUUCAACAACAAAAUCGUCUGUGACCUCAUCGAAAACAAGCUGAGCCCCCCAGGCAUCAUGAGCGUCCUGGACGAUGUGUGCGCCACCAUGCACGCCACGGGCGGAGGCGCAGACCAGACGCUGCUGCAGAAGCUGCAGGCGGCCGUGGGCGCCCACGAGCACUUCAACAGCUGGAGUGCCGGCUUUGUCAUCCACCACUAUGCUGGCAAGGUCUCCUACGACGUCAAUGGCUUCUGCGAGCGGAACCGCGAUGUCCUCUUCACUGACCUCAUAGAGCUGAUGCAGACCAGUGAGCAGGCCUUUCUCCGGAUGCUCUUUCCCGAGAAGCUGGAUGUAGACAAGAAGGGCCGGCCCAGCACCGCUGGUUCCAAGAUCAAGAAACAGGCCAACGACCUGGUGGCCACGCUGAAGCGAUGCACACCCCACUACAUCCGCUGCAUCAAACCCAACGAGACCAAGAGGCCCCGGGACUGGGAGGAGAGCAGGGUCAAGCACCAGGUGGAGUACCUGGGCCUGAAGGAGAACAUUCGAGUGCGCCGGGCGGGUUUCGCCUACCGCCGCCAGUUCGCCAAGUUCCUGCAGAGAUACGCCAUCCUGACCCCCGAGACGUGGCCACAGUGGCGUGGGGACGAGCGUCAGGGGGUCCAGCACCUGCUCCGGGCGGUCAACAUGGAGCCAGACCAGUACCAGAUGGGGAGCACAAAAGUCUUCGUCAAGAACCCCGAGUCGCUCUUCCUCCUGGAGGAAAUGCGAGAGCGCAAGUUCGAUGGCUUUGCCCGCACCAUCCAGAAGGCCUGGCGGCGCCACGUGGCGGUCCGGAAGUACGAGGAGAUGCGGGAGGAAGCGUCCAACAUCCUGCUGAACAAGAAGGAGCGGAGACGGAACAGCAUCAAUCGGAACUUCGUCGGCGACUACCUGGGGCUGGAGGAGCGGCCGGAGCUGCGUCAGUUCCUGGGCAAGAGGGAGCGCGUGGACUUUGCCGACUCGGUCACCAAGUACGACCGCCGCUUCAAGCCCAUCAAGAGGGACUUGAUCCUGACGCCCAAGCGUGUGUACGUGAUCGGGCGGGAGAAGGUGAAGAAGGGGCCCGAGAAGGGCCAGGUUCGGGAGGUCCUGAAGAAGCAGUUGGAGAUCCAGACCUUGCGGGGAGUUUCCCUCAGCACGCGGCAGGACGACUUUUUCAUUCUCCAAGAGGACGUGGCCGACAGCUUCCUGGAGAGCGUCUUCAAGACCGAGUUCGUCAGCCUCCUGUGCAAGCGCUUCGAGGAGGCAACGCGGAGGCCCCUGCCCCUCACCUUCGGCGACACGUACGGCCGCCCCGCCGUCUCCCGCGGGGCCGACCACGGGCUCCUCCCCACCCCUGCCGGGCCGGCAAGGAUGCAGCGGGGAGGGCACCCCCGCUGGGGGUAUGGGCGCCCGCACAGCUUCCUCCCCUCCCCACAGACUACAGUUCCGGGUGAAGAAGGAGGGCUGGGGCGGAGGUGGUACCCGCAGCGUCACUUUCUCCCGUGGCUCCGGCGAGGUGGCGGUGCUCAAGGCUACGGGUCGGACCCUCACCGUCAGCGUGGGCGACGGGAUGCCCAAAAGUUCCAAGCCUACACGGAAGGGAAAGCCCCACGGAAAACCUCGAAGGUCACCCCAGGCCCCCACCCGAGCACUCCCCGGGGUGCCCAGAGGCCUGGACCGCAAUGGGGUGCCCCCCUCUGCCAGAAAGGGGCCCCUGCCCAUGGAGAUCAUAUCUGGAGGGCGCUCACAGAGGCCCCCCCAAGGCCCUCCAUCCUCUGCCCUAAGGGCCAGCAGACGUCCGCGGGCACGGCCCCCUUCAGAGCACAACACAGAAUUCCUCAACGUGCCAGACCAGGGCGCAGCAGGCAUGCAGAGGAAGCGCAGCGUGGGGCAGCGACCUGUGCCCGGGGUGGGCCGACCCAAACCCCAGCCUCGAAUGCAUGGCCCACGGUGCCGGGCACUGUACCAGUAUGUGGGCCAAGAUGUGGACGAGCUGAGCUUCAAUGUGAACGAGGUCAUUGAGAUCCUCCUGGAAGAUUCCUCAGGCUGGUGGAAAGGCCGGCUGCAUGGCCAAGAGGGCCUCUUCCCGGGAAACUACGUGGAGAAGAUCUGAGGGGGACACAGGAUUCUGCCCGCCUGCCUGACUCUGCCGGGCAGCCUGGCCCUGCUGGUGGGGGGGGGGGGUCUCUCUUUCCUUGGUUGCAUUGGCCCAGAGGUCCAGUCCCGGGGCCUCCAGCCCUGCCCAGCCCAGGCCCUGGGUCUGGGAGUCACCACUGCAGCCACCCCGGGGCUCUGGUGUCCCUCAUGCCAUACCCAUUUCCUCCUGUAUCAGACAGGGCUAACAGCAGAACCUACCUCCCAGAUGCCUUGUGAAUACAACAUGAAUCGUGUCCUGUCGACAGAGUGUGGGCACAGUAGAGGGUGGGGGUGGGGGGCUUGACAAGCAUGACUUCCCUCCUUCUCACAUCACCGAGGCAAUAAAUGUUUGCCGGGUGAAGGCAUGGAUGACUUUACUGAGAGCAAACAAGGACUAGCUUCUCAAAACCCUGCGAUGUAGGGGCGGCAAAUGCCCCAUUUCACAGGUAGAAAACUAGAGGCUCGGAGGAGUUUUGUUACUUGCCCAAGAUUCCACAGAACCAUUUUUGCCCCCGCCCCAUGUCACCCAAAGAGUCAGUUUGUCUCACUUGACAGCUCACCCACUCCUAGCCAUUUGCAUCCUAGCUUUCCUGCAGAAAAUAGGCCAGUAGGUCCUGUCAGCUUUGAAUCUGCAGCCCCCAAACCCAUCAGAAACCUA